AUGUCAGCAUCACAUGCAGUCCGGAUUGAAGACUACACCAUUGGCUGGGUAUGUGCCCUCUUUACCGAACUCGCCGCCGCACAAGACAUGCUGGACGAGAGACACAGUGACACUCAUGUCCAUGGCCUGGAUACAAAUAUAUACACACUUGGCUCUAUUUGUGGACAUAAGGUGGUUAUCGCAUGCCUUCCAGAUGGUCAGAUUGGGGUAGGUUCAGCUGCUGCGGUUGCGGCACAAAUGAAGUCAACUUUUCCCUCUAUCCAAUUCGGGCUCAUGGUCGGUGUGGGUGGUGGCGUUCCAACCGUAGAGAACGACAUUCGACUUGGAGAUGUGGUGGUCAGUCGCCCAGAUAAGGGACAUGGGGGAGUCGUGCAAUACGACUUUGGGAAAAACACUCCUGGUGGCUUUCAACGAACAGGGUUUUUAAAUUCGCCUCCACAAAUUCUGCUGAAGGCCAUUGCAAAAAUGCGGAGUAACCACCUAAGAGGCGAAAGCAAAGUCUUGCAAUAUGCAUCUACGCCAAGAGCGGAAAUAGAAAGUCCGGGUCAAGACAUCCUUUUUGAAGCAGACUCCUGUCAUAUUGGAGGGCCUAUUUGUGAGAAAUGUGACAGAGACAAGAUCGUGAGAAGAAAGCCACGAGCUAAUCAGGAACCUGUGAUACACUAUGGCACUAUUGCAUCAGGCAGUCAGGUAAUGAGAUAUGGCAUUGAGAGAGAUCGAGUGAGUUCAGAAUUUGGUGGUGUGCUAUGCUUUGAGAUGGAAGCAGCAGGCCUGAUGAACAUCCUCCCAUGUCUUGUCAUACGGGGAAUAUGCGAUUACGCUGACUCUCACAAGAACAAGGCAUGGCAGCGAUAUGCGGCAAGAAUGGCGGCAGCAUAUGCAAAAGAGUUGCUUUCUAGGGUUCCUACAACUGAGGUUAAAAAGCCCCCAGUCACGGAUAAUAAGAUGGUCCAUUUUCAUCUACUCCCCGACCUUGGCGUUUGCCCAUUCGAAAGCAUAAUGACCGCUCCAUACUUUGGUUGGUCGGACGAGUACAUAGCGACAGGCAUACAGGCUGUGGCCAAGGCGAUACAGACUUUGGAGGAGGACGACGAUGACGAGCUUUUUGCGGAAGCUGUGGAAUUCUUGCAUGAAUUUGACGCUACUCUAAAAGAUAUUCAAAGAUAUGAGUCUGAAUUUCCCAGUGGACAAUUUACUACCGACAUAACCCGUCUUCUCCAAAUCAUGAAAUCGCCACUGGAUCGCCUUCUACACUUUUUGGAAGUAUACUAUCCCACUGUCAGCUCGCAAAUAUCGAAAUCAAAUGGAGAUCCGGAGAGCAAAAACUGGUCUUUUGAAGGUAAAAAAUUAUUUGGAAAGAUAAUGGAGUUAAAGGACGCGAUUAGCCACUCUCUAAAACUGGUUCAUACACUUCUGUGGUUACAUGGCCUCGAAAAUGUUGUCAAGGUAAUUAGGCAUGAAAUACCGGUUAUGGAGCCGGAUGCAGCCAAUGUAGCCGCAAAGUUCAUUCAGGCCCUGAACAGCAUUGAUAAUACAAAGCUUGGUUUGAAUAUAGAAAGUCUCAAAUCACGGCAGAAGUAUGAGAAGGCAAUGCAAUUUGGCGCUGACUCCACAAAGCAAGGCAUUUCCCCAAUACUACGUACCAGAAGCAGGAAAGUCCGCACUGGUGGGUUGAGGAGUAAGGAGAUGAUUUUUGCAAUUGAAGUUCUUCGGCAGGAGUUACAUAGAAGCACUGGAAUUAUACUCGAUACGUUAAUCGGCCAAAUGGAAAACCCUUCAAAUGACUCGGAACUGAAAGGCUUGUUGGAGCUUCACAAGCAGUCUUUCGUAACCAUCCACGAAUCACUCAAGUCGUCGUGGAUGGCCACAAACGAAAUCGAAGAACUAAUCAGACAAUUGACGGAGAAGGAUGCAACAGGAAAUAUGUCCAGUUGGAUCACUACGUGGACUGCUUCGCUUCUGGGUGCAGUGAUUGGGUCAAUUGCUACUACUAUGUUUGGCAUGUCACUGAAUCACAACAAUGAACCACAACUUUGUGAUAUUUCAUCCUUAAUCCAGGGAAGAGAUAUGGGCUCACGCAGUCAAAAUAAAGAAGAAUUGUGUCCUCGGUGCGAACAUUCAAAGGUUUGGAUUUUCAAAAACGACAUGCCAGAUAUUGGUGACGAUUCGAAGUUGGCUCGAAGUACAGGACCGAAUACAGAUAAUAUAGGCUUCGAAGAACCUCCUCUUCCCUCAGUGAGACCUUUGCCUUUUAAACAUGAGAAUGCAGAUAGGCGGAUCACCCCUUCGUUAUCAUCGGCAUAUACGGCCAGUCAUCUUCACGAUAGGGCUACUGAAUCAUAUCUGCUGACUCCAAUUCCCAUCCUUGUUGCAUUAUCGGCUUUAACGGCAUCCUCUUCUAGAGACACGAGUGCACACUUCGUGGCGAUGUUGCAAUUGUUCUGA